AUGGCUUAUACACAUCAAGACUCCCCCGCCGACGCGACGGAUCCAACAACACUCCCUUCCAUUGACCUCCCUCCUGGCAUCAGAGCCCGCUUCGUGGACACCAGUCCCCACAGCCUGGUCUUCCACAUCCUCGAGUCACUCCCCGCAGAUAUCGACCCAACAGGUCCCAAACCUGAAUUGAUCCUCUUGAUCCACGGUUUCCCAGAAAUUGCAUACUCAUGGCGCAAGAUCCUGCCUCUUCUCUCAGCGCAAGGCUACCAUGCUGUAGCCUUCGAUCAGCGAGGAUAUGGGCGCACGUUCUCGCGUAAACCCCUCGAAGCACUAUCGUUUCGUCCUUUGAACCUGAUCAAGGACGCUGUUGCUCUCGUCCAGGCUUUAGGAUAUUCAACCGUGGCUUGUGUAGUAGGACACAAUUUCGGCGCCGUGACGGCAAGCUUCUGCGCAUUGUCAAGGCCAGACAUGUUCAAGCGCCUGGUGGCCAUGUCACACCCGACCAAAGGACCUCCUCAGGUUCCCCUGUCCAUAUCUCCGUCCUAUGGGCGGCCUUCUGAACCGCCUCCAGCUCCGCUGGACAUGCAAGUAGCGCUUUCCCAACUACCUCGGCCAAGGAAGCAUUACAAGUGGUACUACUGCACUUCCUCGGCCAAUGCCGAAAUGACAUACCCAACAGGGGCCGCGUUGCAUACAUUUUUGCGCGGCUACUUCCAUCUGAAGUCUGGAGAUUGGAACGGUAACGAUCCCCAUCCGCUAAAAGGAUGGACCGCCGACGAGUUGCAGCAACUGCCACGCUACUACAUUAUGGAUCUGGCGGAUACCAUGCGCCAGGCCGUAGCACGGGACAUGGAGAUGGAGGAUCCUCAGCUUGUCUCCGACCGCUCAUCGCGUUGGCUACCAGACCCUGAACUGGCCGUGUACGUCGGAGAAUGGAGCCGUACAACCUUCCAGGGCGGCCUGAAUUGGUACAGGGUCCAGACGCAGCCGGCGAUCGCGUCGGAUAUGGAGACCUGGUCCGGCGCAAAGAUCUCGGUCCCGACCCUUUUCGUCGCCGGGAAACGUGACUGGGGGACUUAUCAAGAACCGGGCGCCAUAGAGGCCAUGGAGUCUGGGAAGAGUGUGCAGCCGGGCAUGUAUAAGGGCACCGUACUGGUGGAGGACUCUGGACACUGGGUCAACCAGGAACAACCGGAGAGAUGUGUUGCUGAGAUACUGAAAAUGGUAGUCCAGUGA